AUGCCAACUAUAAAACGAACACGUUCUACCACCCAAGAUACUGAAGAUAACACAACUCCCACUUCUACCCCUACCCCCACUGUCACUGCCACUUCAACUCCUAUAAAUCUACGUACACCACGUAGACAAGCCACCCCUAAUACAACUUCCACACAAAAUGUCAUUACCAACCCUGACCAUUCUCCCAGACCUAUUUUGACGCGUUCAGCGACUAUACAUCUUUCCACUCGAUCCGCGCAAUUCACUCAUACACGUAGAAAUUCUUUACUACACUUACCCGGACCGUCGCGUCAGGGAGGUAAUGGUGGAACCUUGACUAGGACACAGUCGACCCCGACUAUAGUCAAUCCCGCAUCCCUCAAAUCUGCUCUUACCCCCGGCGGCUCGGGCGGUAGGGGUAAAGGCGAUCCUGAUGGAUCACCAUCAGGGGGCGGGUCGAAUGGUAGACGGUUUGGGAAAGGUAAAGAAAAUAUACCCCCUAAGAAAGUGGAAGACGAGAAUUCUCAAAGUCAAGGUUCUAGGAAAAGGUUGAGAGUUGGUAGUGUCAGUGGAAGUGUUGUUGGAAGAGGUAGGAGUGGAAGUGUUAAUAGUGUGAGAAGUGAAUCUACCUCUGGUCGAGCUUCUCUAGGUCCAUCUUCAUCCUUCACUCGAUCCAGUCGUCUACUUUCACCAUCACCUUCACCUUCGUCAGCUCCGUCUAAUUCGUUGAACUCUUUCGAUUCUUUCAGAUCUACCGAUGAUGUGUUCUUCGACAAUACACCCACCAAAUCUCAGAAACAUUCAGUUGUUGCAAUGCUCCCCACCCCUCCUCCAUCCAGUCCGGCACUCAGUCAAGAGGUUCAACUUACAGCCUCGCGUCUGGAAUUGGUCCGUAUGCAAAGCACUCCGAGCGUGUCUCCCGUCACUCCCGUCACGCCUGAAUCGGAAAGAGAAGACGUGUUCAUGGAAGAUGCAACUAAGAAGAAUCCAUACAAAGCGUUGAAGACACUACUACGUCUUUCCGCUGGACAGGACGCAUCACUCGAACGUGUCGUCAUUGGAAGAGACGAAGAAAAGGCCAUCAUCAAAUCUUACAUUACCAAUCAGGAAACCAAGGCAAUGUACAUUUCUGGUCCACCUGGAACAGGCAAGACGGCCACUGUCACUGCCAUGGCUCGUGAAUUGAGGGAGACUGGAUGGAAGGUUUUCGAGUUGGGUUGUAUGGGUGUCAAGGUGGCUGAUAUGUGGCGAAGGUUGGGGGAAGAACUUGAGUGUGAUAAGACUGAAGAGGGUGUCCGUGAACAUCUUGAUCAGUCUUCAAAUACUUUGUUGGUACUUGACGAGAUUGACUCUCUUCUCCCUCCGGCACCAGCUCUUCCUCCCCCCGCAACCUCUCAUCUUCUCACCAAACUCUUUUCGCUCCCAUCGAGCACCACCAAGCUUAUCGCUAUCUCCAACACUCUCGACCUAACCCUACGUGCCAGCCUUCUCCUACCUCAAGGCUCUGAACCCCUUGUUCUACCCUUCAAAGCUUAUUCCGCCACCGACAUGUCCGCUAUCGUUCACUCGCGUCUGUUUCAAGUGGGCGAAAACGGUGUUCAAGCAGAUGGCAAAGCUAUCGAACUCUUGACUCGUAAAGUCGAAGCUCAGAAUGGAGAUCUUCGUAUGUGUUUAGGUUGUCUCACUUCCGCUGUCACUCAAGCCGAAUUGGACUGGUUGAAGAAAUGUUCUUCCGCUCCGACGGCCGACGAUGUGCCUUUGGUCAAAAUCGGUCUAUCGCAUAUCGUUCGAGCAUUCAAUCAACACACUCAACAACUCCGAGCUGCAGCUGGUUCUUCAGCAGGACUGACCAGUCAAGUAGGACGUAAAAUCCGCAGUGUUCAACUACAAGGCAAAAUGGUGUUAGUUUCACUCCUCGUCUUUAUGGCACGAGCUCGAGCAGGUCUUCAAGGUAUACCCACCCCUACCUCGACACCCAUUACGAUCAAUACCCCAAUAACCAAAUUGGAAACUCUCACCGUUCCGAAACUUUAUGCGACAUAUACCACUUUGUUAUCCCAUAAAAACAGUCCGUUCCCUCCUUCGGCAGAAUCAGACUUUAGGGAUUUGUUAUCUAAUCUCGAAGUUUUAGGAUUGAUCUCUGUCCCCAUGGGAAAUUCCAUGAGUCGAUCAGGAUCGGGUCCAGUCAGGGGCAAAGGAGGAAAAGUAGAGUUGUGUGUGAGGGAAGACGAGGUAAGAGAAGGUUUGGGAAUAGGAGAAAAGGGGAUAAAAGGGUUGGCAGAAGAGGAAGUGACUAGGAUUUGGGAGAGAGAACAAGGAAGGAUCGAAAGGGUUAAAUUGCGUAAAGAGGGGGAAUUGUUGUCUCCCAUAUCGGAUUGA